ACACCAAACCAAUUUUCGCACCUUCAGCUCAUCCAACACCUUCUUGGUGCUUGCUUCAAAACUAGCCAGCCGCAAUUGCCGCUAUUCAGGUAGUUCACUCCCUAAGUCUUAGUUCUCCCUCCCAGCUCUGCAUCGUUUCAUCUCACCAGAUUCGCCUAAAGUUUCCAUAUCAUCCCAUCCAAUGGCUCUCGUACUCAGAACCGCACCUCUAGUGGCAGCAUUCAUUGGGACAAUUAUGAUAUUGUUAGCAGCCGCAUUCCAAGGAGCCCUUGCAGCACUACCAGCGAUAUCAACGGCAGCAACGGCAGAGACAGCUUCUGUGAGUGUGCCGAUGAACGGCACUCAGUACCGCACGACUGCUCUGGCGUGCAGCAAGUCGACGCUCGCUGGCUUCGUGAAGAAAGUCACUCUCAAGCCUAAGCUCCUAUUCCACUGGAAAAUUGUUGGAACGACACUCUAUGGAGCUAUCGUCGCACAGGCAGGCGGUGGAGCGAAGAACGGGUGGAUUUCCGUUGCAUGGGUUCAGAGCCCCGGGCGAAUGUACCCUGCAGAUGCGGUCGUUGGGAAUCUCCCCGCACCAACUCGUGUUAAGGCGUAUGCCAUGAAUGGCUACAGCAUGUCUUCGGUUGUGCCAUCAUCCGCAUUCAAAGUGACAGCGACGUCAGUUACGAGCAGCGUGUCAGCAACAAUUAUCAAAUUCACCCGGAGCGGCAAGACGGGCUUGUCCCCGAUCAAGUAUGCGGGCACAAACAACAUUAUUUGGGCAUACUCAUUUUCAGGCUUCUCCAAGAAUUUUGGCGACCAUGGUCCAAACUGGGGAUCUGCAAGCGUCAACCUGGCAUGCAGCGUCUAAGAUGUUUUGGUCUCGCAAUGGGUGUCAGUAGUGCAACUUACAUGAUUUCUUUAUGUAGGUGUAGUAUGAUGAUACGAUGUAUGCAUGUAUGA